AUGGAUCUGAACCAGACGUCCCCACCUCACAUGUCACCCACACCAGAGACCGAUGGUGACGACCUGUGCAGGAUCGAGGUCACCGACAUGGCCAUCGACGGCGUCACGCUGCUCAUCGGGCUCUGCGGACUGGUGGGGAACGGGGCCGUCCUCUGGCUCCUGGGCUGCCGCAUCCGCAGGAACCCCAUCACCGUCUACAUCCUCAACCUGGCCGUCGCCGACUUCACCUUCCUCCUCUUCUUGCUCACCUCCGCCCUCCUCUACAUGAUGGACAAUGUCACCUGCUCCACCGUCGUGUCCGUGAGGUACCUGAGUUCACUUUUCCUGCUCUCGCUCUUCUCUUACAACAUGGGGCUGUACCUCCUGACGGCCAUCAGCAUCGAGAGGUGUGUGUCCGUCCUCUGCUCCACCAUCCGCCGUCCCCAGCGCUUGUCAGCCGCGGUGUGCACACUGCUCUGGGUCCUCUCCAUUGCUGUCAUCGCCACGGUGACAUCUCUGUGCCUGUCUCACGAGCAUGAGCACUGCCGGAUGGCUCUCAUCUCCAUGUACGCCCUCAACUUCCUCGUCUUCGCCCCAGCCAUGGUCAUUUCCAGCACGAUUCUCUUCAUUAAAGUCCAGUGUGGCUCCCAGCAGCACCAGCUCCGGAGGCUCUACAUCGUCAUCUUCCUCACCGUCCUCUUCUUCCUCCUCUUCGCUCUCCCCCUCAGCAUCUGGAAUUUCCUGCAGCAGUUUGGCUACAGCCUGGUGCCCUCCCAGGUGGUUUUCCUCCUCGCCUGCAUCAACAGCAGCAUCAACCCCUUCAUCUACUUCUUGGUGGGGAGCUGCCGGCAGCGCUGCUCCUUGGUGUCCCUCCACGUCGCCUUCCGGAGGGUCUUCGAGGAGCCAGAUGACAACCCCACGUGCAGCUGUGACACUACCAUGGACACGCUGGCCCCAGCCUGGUGA